GGCUUUUAUUUAGAAUAGGUUUUGUAGAAGAAAGAGAGCUUUUACCCAUCUCAGGUUCAGAGCCUUUCUCUCAUUCUUUUCCUAUCCACGCUUUCUCAUCUGUAUCAGACUUCUUCACAUCUUCACUCAGAUUACAAGCAUUUUGAUCUCAAAUAACGGUCAGACCAGCAGGUACAUUUUGUUGACUAAGGAUGAUAUAGUUACGUUUGUUGAAACUUGGAUCCCAUACACAAACAAAUUUGAAACAAAACUUGUAAAUAAAAUAAUGAAAUUCUCUAUCAGCAGCCUCAACUUUCAAGCUUUCAUCAUCGCCUUAUUCCUCUUCAUAUCUUAUUCCUCCGCACUCAAGAUUGGUGAAAGCUGUUCCAAAGACAGCGAGUGUGAUUCUGGAUUGCGCUGCGAAAAUUGCCCAGCUAAUGGAAAUACUCGGUCUAGAUGUACUCGGAUUCAGCCAAUCAUCCCAACUUCAAAGGUGAAAAAUUUGCCAUUUAAUAAGUACUCAUGGUUGACGACCCACAACUCGUUCGCUAGAGCCGGAGAUAAAUCGGCCACUGGGUCAUUCCUGGUCACACCUAUGAAUCAGGAAGACACUGUUGCUUCUCAGCUCAAUAAUGGAGUGAGGGGGCUCAUGCUAGAUAUGUAUGACUUUCAAAAUGACAUUUGGUUAUGUCAUUCCACUGGAGGCAAAUGUUACAACUUCACAGCAUUUCAACCUGCCAUUAACGUGCUGAAAGAUAUCAAAUCAUUUUUGGACAAAAACCCAUCAGAGAUUGUCACCAUUUUUAUUGAGGACUAUGUGACGUCUUCUAAGGGAUUGUCAAAUGUGUUCAACACCGCUGGCCUAAAUAAAUAUAUGUUCCCAGUUUCUCGGAUGCCAAAGAAUGGUGGAGAUUGGCCAACGGUUGAUGAUAUGGUUCAGAAGAACCAAAGAUUGGUUAUCUUUACCUCAAAAUCAAGUAAAGAAGCUUCUGAAGGAAUUGCUUAUGAGUGGAACUAUGUGGUAGAAAAUCAAUAUGGAAAUGGCGGGAUGAUGUCUGGUUCGUGCCCAAACCGUGCUGAAUCAUCUCCUAUGAACACAAAAUCCAGAUCACUAGUUUUAGUGAAUUACUUCCCCAACAAUCCGAAUGCCUCCGCGGUUUGUUCAGAUAAUUCAGCUUCAUUAGCAGCCAUGUUGAAAACUUGUUCUGAAGUAGCCGGUGCUCGGUGGCCUAACUUUAUCGCUGUUGAUUACUACCAGAAAAGCGAUGGUGGAGGAGCCCCAGAAGCUGUUGACCAAGCUAAUGGUCAUCUCACAUGUGGGUGUGAUAACAUUUCUUUUUGCAAGGAAAAUGCAACCUUUGGUACCUGUGAUGUUCCUCCAAUUUCUCCCCCUCCACCUGCGUCUGGUAGCACGUCACCAUCGCCACCAUUGCAAAGCUCGUCCAACAUGGCUGCAUUUGAUAGCAGACCAGUUCUGCUUCAGUGGUUGUGUGGUAUAGUUUUGGCUACAAUGCUCUCCUUUUGGUCUUAGAAUUGUGAGAAUUCUUCUGUAAGCCCCCUUCUAAUUCUUUGAACAACGCAAAAAUCCCUCUUUUUUGGCCUGAUGUACUGUUUGGUUCUCUCAUUCUUGAGCCGUUGUGUUUGUAAAAUUUGGAGAAAAUCAUAUCAGAUACAAUUAGUCACUAUUGCUGGUUUACA